AACCCGAGAACUUACAAAGCUCCAAUCACUUUCCUUCACUGUCUGAAAAUUCUCCGCCCUCUUUUUUUCCUCUCUUUCCCGAGGAAAAUUCGCGCAUGCACUGUCAGAAAUUCAAUCCAUUCACUUUCUAGGCAAAUGAGUAGCAGAGGUGGUGGAACUACAGAUACUCCUUUUCUAAGGAACUACAGGCUUGGUAAAACUCUUGGCCAUGGAUCCUUUGGUAAAGUUAAAAUUGCUGAGCAUUUGCUGACUGGGCACAAAGUGGCUAUCAAAAUCCUUAACCGUCGAAAAAUGAAGACUCCCGACAUGGAGGAAAAAUUGAGAAGAGAAAUAAAAAUAUGUAGAUUAUUUGUGCAUCCACAUGUCAUACGACUCUACGAAGUGAUAGAGACACCAUCGGAUAUAUAUGUCGUGAUGGAGUAUGUUAAGUCUGGUGAACUCUUUGAUUAUAUUGUAGAAAAGGGCAGGUUACAGGAAGAUGAAGCUCGCCAUUUUUUCCAGCAGAUUAUUGCUGGUGUAGAAUACUGCCAUAGGAAUAGGGUGGUUCAUCGGGACCUUAAGCCUGAGAAUCUGCUUUUGGAUGCAAGACACAAUGUAAAGAUAGCAGAUUUUGGCUUGAGCAACAUUAUGCGAGAUGGCCAUUUUCUGAAGACAAGUUGUGGAAGUCCAAAUUAUGCAGCCCCUGAGGUUGUCUCUGGGAAACUUUAUGCUGGUCCCGAGGUAGAUGUUUGGAGUUGUGGCGUUAUCUUAUAUGCUCUUCUUUGUGGUACACUUCCUUUUGAUGAUGAGAAUAUUCCUAACCUUUUCAAGAAAAUAAAGAGUGGACUCUACACCCUUCCUAGUCAUCUAUCAGCUGGAGCUAGGGAUUUGAUACCAAGGAUGCUAAUUGUUGACCCUAUGAAGCGGAUAACCAUGACUGAUAUUCGUCAGCACCAGUGGUUCAAAAUUCAUCUUCCUCGGUAUUUGGCCGUCCCUCCACCUGAUGCUAUGCAACAUCUCAAAAAGCUUGACGAAGAAAUUCUCCAGCAAGUAAUGAGGAUGGGUUUUGAUAGAGACCAGUUGCUUGAAUCUUUGCAAAAGAGAAUACAAGACGAUGCUACUGUUGCAUACUAUCUGGUGUACGACAACCGUUCCUUGGCUUCCAGUGGCUAUCUAGCAGCUGAGUUUCAGGAAUCUAUGGAUGGUUAUUCCCCAGGAUUGUUUCCAAAUCUUGAUCUACAGCUGUCCACUGGAAAUGGAAUUUCUCAAGAAGCGAAUUUGAGACACCCAUUUUCCAAAGAAAAAAAAUGGCUAGUUGGACUUCAGUCUCCAGCAAAUCCACGGGAGAUCAUGAAUCAGGUUCUUGGGACUCUGCAAGAACUAAAUGUUCGAUGGAAAAAAAUUGGGCACUAUAAUAUGAAGUGUUUAUGGUGUCACGAUCUUGAUUUUCAUAGCAUGGCCAGCAAUCAUAUGAAUGAUGAUCAUUUAAUUAGCAAUGCGACUGCCCUAAGUACACAUUUACAGCCACAAACAGCUGUGAAGUUUGAAAUGCAGCUCUACAAAACUCCAGACGACAAAUACCUGCUUGAUCUCCAAAGAAUUAGCGGUCCGCAGUUCCUCUUCUUGGAUUUCUGUGCUGUUUUCAUUAUGCAGCUGGAGACACCACAAUGAUUGGAAAGAAAGAGGAUGUCUGGAGCAAUUGUGUAUUUUGUUGACAAUGAGAAACCUUGUUGUACAUAUCAAUGUGACUGGUUUUCUAGUGUUGUUUUUUACAAUUAUAUUUUGUGUUCAUGUUUAUAUGGGUGUGUUUUUUUUUACCAGAAGUAAGCUUUACCUGAUUCAUACUCUCUACAAGUGAGGAGCUCUCAGCUUUCUUUCCUACUGAUUAUAGUGUUCUGACAUUCACUUGUUAUGGUUUUUUUCUCUCAAUUAAGAUUAUACAA